AAUGGCUCUGCGGUCUGGAUCCUGGUAUGAAUUUUCUAGGUUGGAGAUGUUAUUUUCCAGACUUCCAGUGCAGGAUGGCCAACUUUUUCCAGACUUCCAGUCAAUCCUGUAAGCUGCAAACAAACUUUUUCCAUCUAUAAAUUUGUAAUCUUCUGCAUUGAGGUUUACUAUGAGCUCUCUCUUGAGCAAAGCAACACUAAUCAUGCCAACUUUCGCCACUGUUUCAUAUUUCCUAUGUCUUUUUCUGUUAGUCCUACCCACGUUUGCAGCAGCAGCUCAUACGUUGUUGUUUCAGGGAUACAACUGGGCGUCAUGCGAUAAGCCAGGAGGGCUGUACAAUUCAUUAAUCAACUCUGUUGCUGAUCUGGCUGCUGCUGGGAUUACCCAUGUUUGGCUCCCUCCACCUUCUCAAUCUCAAGAAGGCCAUCCUCAAGGAUAUAUACCAGGAAGGCUCUAUGAUCUCGACGGGUCUAAAUAUGGCAACAAGGAGGAACUAAAAGCACUGAUUAAAGCUUUCAGUGACAAGGGAGUUAAAUGCAUUGCUGACAUAGUAAUAAACCACAGAAGCUUGGAGAAACAAGAUUCCUGCACUUUUGAGGGAGGAACUCCUGAUGAUCACCUUGACUGGGGCCCUUCUUCCAUUUGCAACAACGACGAACAAUAUCCUUGUGGCACGGGGAAUCCAGAUACUGGAACGCAGUUCAAUUUAGCUCCAGAUAUAGACCAUCUCAACCCGAGGGUACAAAGAGAAUUGUCAGAUUGGAUGAACUGGCUCAAAACUGAAAUAGGAUUUGUUGGCUGGAGAUUUGAUUUUGCCAGAGGGUAUGCUCUGAGUAUUACCAAGGUCUAUAUGGAAAACACAAAACCUGAUUUUGCUGUUGGUGAGUGGUGGGAUGAUCUUGCUUACUGGAAAGACAGGGAACUAGACAAUAACCAAGACAAGCAUCGCAAUGAUAUAGCUCAGUGGAUUCAGGCUAGUGGUGGCGUUGUCACAGCGUUUGAUUUCACAACUAAAGGGAUCCUUCAAAAAGCUGUCAAGGAUAAUGAGCUGUGGAGAAUGAAGGACUCCAAGGGAAAUCCUCCAGGUUUGAUAGGAAUUUCACCUGGAAAUGCUGUGACCUUCAUCGAUAAUCAUGAUACUUUGUCUCAGCAGGUCUGGCCAUGGCCAUCUGACAAAGUAAUGCUGGGAUACGUAUACAUCCUAACUCAUCCUGGAAUUCCAUCAAUAUUUUAUGACCACUUCUUUGAAUGGGGAUUGAAGCCGGAACUCUCUAAUUUAACAUCAAUCAGAAUAAGGAACGGAAUCAGUGCAACAAGCACUGUGCAGAUUGUGGCUUCUGAAGCUGACCUUUAUGUAGCAAAAGUCGACGACAAAAUAUAUGUAAAGAUUGGAUCAAGGUUUGCUGUGGGAGACCUCGUUCCGCCUAAUUAUAAAGUGUCUACCAAAGGAAAGGACUAUGCUGUCUGGGAGAAAAAUUAAGUCCAGUACUCUUGUAUGUCUAAUAAAGUUUAAGGCUUCAGCCUUUAAGUAGUGAGUUUUCUGGCCUUUGCACUGGUGCAGCUGCUCUAUUGUUCUUCAGCAAAGGAAUUGAAUAAAAUUUUACUGCA